AUGCAAGCGUAUUCAUUCACCAAUGGAUCCAGAUUUGCUCGUGUUGGUUGUGUAUUCAUCGUCAGUCAGAACGGCGGCGGUUCACGCAUCACCAUCUCCGAGAACGAAUUUGACGGUGUCACUACAACUUCUGCCACCUGCAACGGUACUCAUUACUGGGGUGCAAUGUUAUAUACAAAUGUCGACCAGUUGACCUUAGACCACAACUGGUUCCACGACCCCUCCGGCCGUGCUCCGAAGCUCAGCACAGAUAGUGUUAGUGGAACCUUCCACGCUGUCAACACCUACUUUGAGAACAUGAAAGGCCAUGUUUUUGAUGCACGAUCCGGCGUCAAGGCGCUAACUGAGGGCAACGUGUUCUAG